AUGCCGCUGUGCCCGCCGGACCCGCGGCGAUGCCCGCGGCUCUCGUACGCCUGCGAGACGAACGGCGCCUGUCGCGCCUUUGGUCGCAUCGGCGUCGACCCGGGCGCGACCACCCGCGGCCGCGUCGCGCGCGGCUUCGCGGCUCUCGGCGUCGUCGCGCUCGCUCUGAAUAUCACGGCGGCGUGCGCGCUGUCGAGCGUCGAUAGCGUCAUUAAGGACACGGCCUGGGCCGUCGGGCGCAUCCGCGGGAAGAUGGAGUAUGCGGGCGGCCAUGCAUACAUGGGUCUGUCGGCGGUGGUCGCCUACCACGGCGGCACCGUCAAGGAGAAGCGAAAGUGGUCCAACAUUCAUUGUGACGACUUUACGCUGACGCCCGACGACGACACUCUCGAGAGGCGCAGCCGCGACGUCGACCGAUGCAAGCGGUGCAAGCGGCGCGUGCGGGGCAUGGCGACGACCGUCAUCGUGUCGGCAUUCACGACGCUCGGCACGAUACGCUUCUCGCUGAAGCGGGCGACGGUUGAGAGCUGUGUGGAAAUCAAAAUUUUACGGCGCGUUUGUGCUGAAUCGUCGCGUCGACCUCCACGCCCUGGUUGAUUUCCACACAGGUGGAGAGCGACGCCCGCUUCUGGAAGUUUCUCGGCAUCGCCGUGGGCUGCAUCUCCUUCGGGACGGCCAUCGGGCCGCUCCUGUCCUUCCGCCAGCACUGCACGCGGUCGACGACCGAAGGGAUACAUAUGCGGAACGGGCCCGGUUUCAUCUGCCUCUCGAUCGCGGUAUGCCUCAAGGGCCUCUCCGUGCUCAUGCACCUCUGGCUCCGCGCGCCCGACGUCUCUGACGACGACGACAAGGCGCCGCGCGACGACGAGGAGGACCCGGAGGAGUCCAAGGACGGCGGCGGCGAGGAGUCCAAGUAG